AUGGAGAAGCUCGAAAAAACUACGUUAGCCACAUUGACCCAAAAAAACAUCUCGAUUGAGUUUUACAAGCGCUACGUCGAUGAUUGUUUUUUAGUCGGAAAAGAGGACGAAAUAAACAUCGUUCUCCAAGAAUUCAAUAAACUACACGACACGAUACAAUUCACGAUAGAAAAAGAAACAGAAUCGUGCUUAAGAUUUCUGGAUCUAACCCUAUCGAGAAAAAACAACCAAAUUGGAAAAUCUUGGCAUCCCAAGCAGAAAGACGGCCGAUAUCUAGACUUCUACUCGGAGAGCCUCUUUGCGCACAAAGUAAACACAGUCACAGCGCUUUUUGAUCGUGCUCUAAAGUUAACUGAUCCGGCAAAGAGAGAAGAGAGCAUACAAGUGGCUAAAGAUACACUACGCAAAAACAACUACCCCGAUCAGCUGAUAAACCGUACACUAGCAAACAGAGUGCAUCUACUCUACAACACGCUUCAAAACACCGACAGGGAAGAGAAAACCACAAAGUACAUAUCACUCCCAUACAUCCCAUGUUUAAGUGAAAAAGUGGCCAAAGUAUUGCGCAAGCAUGACGUCACAGUGUCGCACAGACCAUGCAAUAAAAUGAAAGACACUAUUUUCACUAAGCUGAAAGACAAGAUCCCCAAAAUGCAACAAACUAACGUGGUAUAUAGCAUACCGUGUGGUGGAUGUAGCGACAAAGUGUAUGUAGGACAAACAUCGCAAACACUUGAAAAACGUUUGCAGCAACACCAAAGCUCAAUCCGGACUAAAUCGUCGAUGACUGGACUCACACAGCACGCAGUGGAACAGGGCCAUGUCUUCAAGUUCUCUGAAACAGCUAUUUUAGAGCGAGAGAGCAACGAAGCCAAACGAUUGAACGCUGAAACACUACAUGUAAAACUGCGCGAGGGGAAAACGGUGAAUUUACAGCGGGACGCUCUGAGUUUCUCCAACGCAUAUGACGGCGCCCUGCACAAACUAAGAAAGUUUGAACAGAGCAGAAGACAACCACUUACGGCACGGGCAGCGUCGCCGUAA